AUGGCAUGGAUCAAGGAACUCAGCUGUGGCUCCAAGUCCUCAGUAAAAUCCCGCUGGAGUUGCGAAUACCGCCGCCCAUCAGGACAAUAUGCUGGGUUUUCAGCGAUGAGGCGUUGUGGCUAUGACUCUAGCUCUAUACUAUUUCCAUUUUUCUUACGACCGAAUACGAUAUUGGACCCAAAUCUCGAUUUGAUAGAAGGUGCCAGGUCAGUAUAA